GGUUGUUCGUUUCGAUGGCGAAUUUGUACGCGUCAGUUCGUGUCGUAGUUUGUGGUUCUUCUUAUUUGUGUAAAUCAUAACCUAUUUACUUAAAUAAUUUUCUAAUUUCAUAUAUUUUACCAAUUAUUUAUUGUCCUUAUUAUCUAAUAAGGAUCAUUUUAUGUUUUCAAAUAUAAAGAAAGUUCACUGUGUAUAAUAUGGAGGUGAUUGAAGAACUCGUUGAUGUUGAAAUGACCCUGGAACAGGAAUCUGGAACGAAUGAUUUUUUGGAAGCCAGUGGGAAACUUAAUCAUUUGAACAAUUCUAAUACUUCAGAGUUUUCUGAAAGUCGUUAUGAGAAUCGUGCUGGAACGUUUACAACUGGUAUUGAUAUAUUUAGUAAAGAAGAAAAAUUAAAAAUGGAAGAAAGAGCUAAACGUUUUGGAUUGUCCAAAAACUUUUUAUCUAAUUACGAACAAGAUUUAUAUACUAGCAUGGGGAUAGGAGAAGAUAAUGAGAAUACACGAAAUAUUAGAUUAAAUGUGAUACACAUGAGAGGAACCGAAGACAUGAGUACGAAGGACGUUUUUAAAUAUUUUGAAGAUUAUGCUCCGGCAUCUAUUGAAUGGAUAAACGACGUAUCAUGUAAUGUUGUAUGGCUUGACAAUGCAUCGGCAGCUAGAGCCAUGUUAGGAUUAUCAAAACGUAUUGUAGGUAUUACUGAUAAACCGUUAAGUAACAAAAGUAAUACAAAUACAGUAGAUUCUGUCUCUAACGAAGACUGCAUUAUGGAAGUUGAAUAUGACAGUUCAUCCGAUAAAGAAACUGAUGAAAAGAAAAAUACAAAUGAAAUAAAUAUCAAGGAUAUCGAUUAUCCUUUACCACCAGGAAUAUGGAGGAAAGGUGUUGAUUGUCCUAAAUCUAGAAGAAUAUUUUUACGAUUUGCUACAAGAUCUGAUAAGAAACAACCUAAUGCAGAGAAGAUGAGUGAAUAUUAUAAAAAACAUGGUAAUCCUAAUUUUGGAGGAAUAAAAGGAAUAUUGACGGAAUCUCGUAAAAGAUUGUACAAACAAAUAAAACAGAAUAGAAGAAAGUUGUCGGAAGGAGAAGAAGAAGUAGAAGAAGAGGCAGAAGAAGAAGAAAAUGGCACAUCUGGAAAUCGCAUGAAAAAUCCUUGGGGUGCUCUAUCCCAGUCUUGGGGAAUUAAUGAUUCUGUUGAAAAUGAUUUUAACGUAAAGAAUAAUUACAAGGAACAAGGACGAAAUAUAAAGGAAAGGCUUGGAGUUAAAUUUCCUUCUAAAAGUACAGCACGGGUUGAAGAAAGUAAUAGUAGUGCUAAUGAUAGUGAUAGCGAAGAAGAAUGGUGCAAAAGAAGUAAAGUAUUGCGUAUGCGAAUGCAUGCAGAUGACGAAGAGAAAAAAAUUCAUAAAAGACGUGCUAAGCUCAAAACUCAGAUGCUCUUGAAUAGUAUGUCAAGUGGAAAUGAUUUGCGAUUGAGACUUGGCAGACCGUCAAUCAAGCCAACGCGAUUUCCCGAUGCGAUACAAGUUGUUGUUACAAACAAUAAUGCCACAAGAUUGAAUUCUUCGAAACCAAGCGAUUCUGAGGAAGAGGAUGGUGAAAUUGUAGAGGAUAUUCAAGUUGAAGAGAAAGAAGAGGGUGAAUGGCAAGAUACGGAAGAAGAAAAUACAGAAGCCGAAGAGAAGGAAGAAAAUGAGAUUGAUAGUGAAGAUAGUGAUUUAGAAGCUAAAGAAGUACAAGGACCGAAGGGAAGCGUAAUUAAAGUAGUUCAACAUAAGCCACGUGUUGCAUCUACAGUUUGGUCGAGAUUAAAUAAUGUAAAAAGUGUGGUUAACAGCAAUAGUUUAAAGGAAAGACAACAAAGAGGUCGAGAUUUGAGAGAUACGUUAAAAAGUGGAGAUCUACGUUCGCGAAUUGGAAAUCAUACGAGAGGACGUUCGCAGCUAAGGAUAGAAGUGAAAAAUGAUAAAUAUACAGAAGAUGGAAACGAUUUUAAGUGAACAGUUGCAUUUGUCGACCUGUGAUUUUUUUUUUUAAAAUGUCAUUACAAAAUGAAAGAUUUUAUAACUAUACUAUAUAGGAACUAAAAGGGUUGUGUAUUGUGAAAACAGAUUCAUGUCAGCAUAUACAUAUAAAUUUAAACAUUAUACAUAUGUUCUUAUGUAACAUACAGCGAUCAAUUGAAUGUUUAUGAACUGUCUAAAAAAGAUAUAU